GGCAAGGAAAUGCAGUCUGUAAACCGCGCCCCUUUAAUAUAAAAGUUUUUUUUUUUUCUUGUGCUUGUAUUGCAUUCCUGGAAUAAAAUGAACCCCGAAAUGUGCACCACCGGUGAAUUUAGCUGGAUUGUCUCAUACAAAUCUUUAUCAUAAUAGUUGACGAGUAAACAUACAUUGAAGGGAUAUGCAAAGCAAAUUGACUUGGAAAUAAAAGUACUGUACAAAGCUGCUUUGGACAAGGACAAUGGCCUAUUCGGCCUCUAUGUAAUAGACAAGAGGGGGAAACUGGUCGCAGCCUGUAAGAACACGUUUUGGAGAAGGACACCAUGGACAACAAAAAGAGACGCACCAUGGUAAAGAAACCUGAGUGGAAGGAAAAUCUUGGCACCAAGCCAUGUAUUGGAAAGAUGUUUGGCAGGUCUUGUCCACCAUCAGCAUCCUGUCUCCAGUGUAGGGAGAGCCCUAAGAGUUCCCCCGCCAUUGACACGCCUGGACAGAUACCACAAGAACACAACAACCCACCCUCAAGCAACAGGAAAAGGAGUCUAGAAGAUCAACCUACCACGGAGCAGACACAAGCUUCACUCCCAUCCUAUUCCUGUUCGUCAAACUGCCAGCCUCUCCAUUCUUCCGUUUCACCACGGCAACCCCCCUUUCCACAUCUUACUCAUCCUCACCUUUCCUCUCUGUCAUCCUCUGUUUCACCACACGUCUCCACCCCCCAUCCUCUUUCACUGGGCCCUCCUCUCCCGUCAUCCAUUCCACCAGUCUCCUCCUCCCCAUCCUCGGUUUCACUGGGCCCUCCUCUCCCGUCAUCCAUUCCACCAGUCUCCUCCUCCCCAUCCUCGGUUUCACUGGGCCCUCCUCUCCUGUCAUCCAUUCCACCAGUCUCCUCCUCCCCAUCCUCGGUUUCACUGGGCCUUCCUCUCCCGUCAUCCAUUCCACCAGUCUCCUCCUCCCCAUCCUCGGUUUCACUGGGCCCUCCUCUCCUGUCAUCCAUUCCACCAGUCUCCUCCUCCCCAUCCCUCAUGUUAACAGCACCUGCUUUUGGACAUUCCUACACAGCCCAGUCUGGAGGCACUAAUGUUGCACCACACCUCAACAACAACUAUAUUUUGGGCUCUGUUAAUAUUAACGUGUCAUCUCUGCAGAAUGUGGACUUGUCAGUGGCUCCACAAAGCAGUGAUCAAGAGGAUGCUCUCAUACAGAGAGUCAAAGAUAAGCAUAAAGCCAGACUGAAAAGCCGCUGUAAGCACCUGUUUGAAGGCAACGCCAGAAAUGAAACUCUUCUCAACAAUAUUUACACAAAACUCUACAUCACAGCAGGAGAGACUGAAGGGCUCUGUAACAAACAUGAGGUGUUGCAGAUUGAGACAGCAUCCAGAACAUGCACAUCAGAAGACACUCCUGUCGACUGCAACAACAUCUUUAAACCUUUACCUGGACAGGACAGAAUAAUCACAACUGUGAUGACCAAGGGCAUUGCUGGGAUUGGAAAAACAGUCACUGUACAAAAGUUCAUCCUUGACUGGGCAGAAGGAAAAGCCAAUCCGCAUCUGGAUUUCAUAUUUCUGCUUCCUUUCCGGGAUUUGAAUUUGGUCGAAAAACAGUUCAGUCUUCAUGGCCUUCUGUGUAGCUUCCACAAUGAACUUAGAGAAAUAGAUGCAAAGAGAAUUGCAGGUUGUCAAGUUCUGUUCAUCUUCGAUGGUCUGGAUGAAAGCCAACUUCCACUGGAUUUCAAUCGAAACAAGAUAUUGUUUGACAUGGCAGAAGAAGCGCCCAUUGAUGUGCUAUUGACAAAUCUCAUUAAGGGGAAUCUGCUACCCAGUGCUCGCCUCUGGAUAACCUCCCGACCAGCAGCAGCCAAUCAGAUCCCCAGGAAGAACAUAACACAGAUGACAGAAGUGCGUGGGUUCAAUGACUCACAGAAGGAGGAGUACUUCAGGAAGAGAUUCUGUUCGGAUGCGAACCUGGCCAACCGAAUCAUCUCCCACAUAAAGACAAAAAGGAGCCUCAACAUCAUGUGCCAGAUUCCAGUCUUCUGCUGGAUCACUGCUAUGGUUCUAGGGGAGAUGUUGACAAAUGACUGCAAAGAAAUCCCUAAAACAAUUUCUGAGAUGUACACACACUUCGUGCUCAUUCAGACAAACCUGAAGAACCAGAAGUAUCAUAACAGCAACGAGACAGAUGCGCGGAGGAUCAAAGAAUCAGAUAAAGAGAUCAUUCUAAAGCUGGCCAAGCUAGCUUUUGAACACCUGAAGAAAAGCAAUCUCAUAUUUUAUGAGAAGGAUCUGAUAGAGUGUGGCCUUGACAUCAAUGUAGCUUCAGUGAAAUCUGGAUUGUGCACAGAAAUCUUUAAACAAGAAGAUGGGCUCUACUGCGAGAAAGUCUACUGCUUUGUGCAUUUCACCAUCCAGGAGUACUUCGCCGCUCUGUAUUUACUCUACUGCUACGCAACCAAUAACCUUUGUGUGUUGGAGUCUUUCCUCCAUAAGAGGUUUGUUGAGGAGGACCUGGAAGAAGGUUCUUCGGCUUUGUUGGGCGAUAACGGAGACCAUUCAGAUGCUUCGCAGAGUGAUGAGUCUGGAGAAAGUCUAGAGUCCACUAUUGAAGAAAACUCAACUCUGGAGGAAGAGCCUGAGGAACACUCAGAGUCAUUCAAUAAUGAUGAGGCUGAAGAAGUGUCUGGCUCUGAGUCUUCAGAGCUGGUUCUAGAUGAAAACCCAUCCUUCCAUGUGUUACUGAAGAGUGCAUUGUGCAAUGCCUUGCAGAGUGGGAAUGGACAUCUGGACCUUAUGCUCCGCUUCCUUCUUGGCCUUUCACUGGACUCCAAUCAGAGACUCCUACAAGACCUACUGCCAGAGACGGAGAGCUAUGCAGAUAGUGUUGAAGAAACUAAGUUUUACAUAAAGGAACAGCUGAGGUUGCACAACUCCCCCGAGAGAUCCAUUAACCUUGUAUACUGUUUGGCUGAAAUAAAUGACAAUACACUUACUGAAGAGGUUGAAGAGUACCUGAGGUCAGGAAAUCGUGGAGGAAAAAAGCUCUCACCUGCUAAAUGCACAACUCUGGCUACUGUGCUGAUGUCAAGGGAGAUUCUGGAUGAGUUUGACCUAAAGAAGUUCAACACUUGUGAGGAGGGACGAAAGAGGCUGAUUCCACUUAUCAAGUACUGCAGAAACGCUUUACUUGCUGGCUGUAACCUCACAGAGAGGUCUUGGGGAGUAGUGGCCUCAGCUAUAAAGUCAACAAACUUACUGCGGAAGCUGGACCUGAGUUACAAUGACUUGCAGCACUCCCGUAUGGAUCUGCUCUGUGAUGGGUUGUGUAGUCAAAGCUGUAAACUGAAGAUCUUGAGGCUAAAUCAAUGCAAUCUAACAAUGGAAUGUUGUUCAGCUUUGGAGUCUGCUCUUGGCUCAACCUCAUCACACCUGAGAGAGCUGGACCUGGGUGGCAAUGAUUUACAAGAUUCGGGUGUGAAACUGCUCUCUGCUGGACUACAGAAAUUGGAGACUUUGAUGAUGUCAUCCUGUGGCAUCACAGAGGAAGGCUGUGCUUCUUUGGCUUCAGCUCUACGUUCAAACCCCUCAUACCUGAGAACGCUAGUACUCUGUGACAAUAACCUGCACAAUUCAGGAGUGAAGCUGCUCUCUGCUGGACUGGGGAGUAAACAUUGUGAACUGGAGACACUGAGGCUUUCUGGCUGUCUUGUCUCAAUGGAAGGAUGUGCUUCUCUGGCUUCAGCUCUGAGGUCAAACCCCUCACACCUGCGAGAGCUGGAUCUGAGCUACAAUCACCCAGGAGACAGAGGAGUGAGACUGCUCUCUGAUGUACUGGGCGAUCCACUCUUCAUACUAAAUGUGGAACACAAUGAAGAGUGCUACUUAAAACCAGGCCUGAAGAAGUAUGCCUGUGCGCUCACACUGGACCCUAACACAGCACACAAAACGCUCUCUCUGUCUAACAACGGAAGAACUGUGACAUGGGAGGAUGAUGAUCAUCUAUGUUUGCCUCACACAGAGAGAUUUAAUGACUGUCCUCAGGUGCUGUGUAGAGAGGGUCUGAUGGGGUGCUGUUACUGGGAGGCAGAGUGUAGUGGGAAAGGGAUUCAUGUAGGUGUGGCAUAUAAACACAUGAGCAGGGUUGGAAAAGGGCAUAACUGUUUGCUUGGUUACAAUGACAAAUCCUGGAGCCUAAGACUCCUCAAACGUGGUUUCCUCAAGCUCUCUGUCUGGCACAAAAAUGAGCACACCGUCAUACCUGCCCCCUCUUCCAGCACUGACAGAGUUGGGGUGUAUCUGAACUCCUCACAAGGCAUUCUGUCCUUCUACCUCGUCGACUCUGACACUCUGACCCACCUCCACACAUUCCAGUCCACCUUCACUGAACCACUUUAUCCAGCAUUUUCAGUCAAUGACUAUUCAUCAGUGUCCCUGUGUUAGGUCUUAAUCCUUUUCUCUAGGCCAAUUUAUGUUGAAUGUUUACUAAUAAACUGCUGUACUUAUGAGUCCAUGAUAGAGAUGGAGUCUAGACCAUAUCCAGUUGACCAAUACAUGGAAAUACUCAAUUCAUAUUAUCCAUAAUUGUUUGUACUCUCCCCCCAGCACAUUGCAAAAUUACAAACAUUUGAACGUUUUUGAAAGAACCUGGAUUCCCAAUCUGAGGUCCUACUGUAUAUGAACUGCAUACUUAUUCAAUAUAGUGGUUGAAAGUUUGACCUAUUCUGUAUGAUAUGUUGCGUUCAGCAACAAGGGGAGCUUCUCCUUAGCUUUUUUUCUGUACAUUGUUCUCAGGGUUCGGGGUGUUUUUAUUUUUGAGUAAUAAUGGAAAUACAUUUUAUCAAACUAUUACAUGUACACUAUGUAUGAUUGUGGUGUUGUGUAUUAUAAAAAAUGUUCAAAUGUG